AUGAACUUCAUAACCAGCAAUUUAUUCUCCCCCGUUUGGCAUCACAUGGCAAAAAUAAUUUGUGUCGUGCCUGCAUCAACAACAUUGAUUCAAAGACUUAAAGUUCUUGAAAUAUUCACAAACUCAGGUUUUCUGGAUUUUACAGUUGUCCACAAAACUGAGUUUAAUGAUAUUUUAUACGAAAUUUCCGGAUCAAUGACUCGAAAUGUCAAAAGCUUUUUAAAUCCCACAGAUGCACGAGUAAUUUUUCCUGAUAAGCUCGUUGACAUGAAAGGAUUUACUUAUAAAAUUGUCUCAUAUCAUCAACCACCAUUCGUACAGAUUAAAAGCAAUCAAGUUAUUUCUCAUAUGGCACUCUACAUCCAAGCUUUAUGUCAAGCUCAGAAUAGCAACUAUCAAGUUGACUUUUUAGCGAAUCCAGCACAUGUCAGUAAUUAUUGGAUUGAACGAAGAAUGCAUUUGACAAUUAAUACAGCAACAAAAGUAGACUCUCCACUUCCAAAGCUGAUUAAUUAUGAAAAGAAAAGCUACUGCGCUCUUGUGCCUGUUCCUCCAAAAUCUUCAUUUUUCCAGCUUAUUAUUGUCAAACCUUUUGAUGCGCUCACAUGGAUGCUUUUUUUGCUUUCUGUCAUUAGUGCUGUUUUUGUGUGGAGAAUAUAUUAUGGUCGUGGUGCUGUAGAUUCACAUUGGCAACUUGCAGCUGGUAUUUUUAUGAUAUUUAUCGGUCAAGAUGCUGGUUUCUCCCGUCAGAAUCGUUUUGUGCUUGCUGUGCUGCUCAACAUCAUCUGCUUGUCUGUAUUCUUGCUUAGCACUUUCUAUGAAAGUGCCAUAACAUCCUUCAUGAUUGAACCUGGCCAUGAAAACCGACUUAGGACUGUUGAUGACCUUCUAGCUUCUAAAUACAAAAUUAUGGUAAGCAAAGCAUUUGAAUUCAUUGUCGAAAAUGAUAAAAGGUUUCAAUCAGUUAAAUCUAGAACAAACUCAUCUGGGUUCCUUAUAAGUUCCAAUGAUGAAUCAAAUUUGAUUCAAAAUGAUUACAUUUUUGUUAAAAUCUGUGAAACAGCUGAGAACCUUUUGACUAAAAGAUUCACUAAUGGAAGAUUAUUGUCAGAUUACUAUUAUUUGCUACCCGAGGAACUAAUCUGGCAGUAUGUGGAACUUGAAGCGAGCUACUUAAAUCCAUUUCUUGAGAGAUUUCAGUACUAUAUGGAUUUAUGCUUUCAAGGUGGCUUGCAACAAAUGUGGAAAGUGUUUGCAUCCCAAAACUAUGCUUAUAAAUCAAUAAUCAAGUCAGAUGAGAUAAAGAGCUACCUGGAAUUUGAGGAUCUUCGAGCUGUCUUUGCUGUUUAUUCUAUUUUAUGUACUGUAUCGAUUGUUGUGGUUUUAUUUGAGAUAUUUUAUGAUGAUUUUUUGAGAUUUAUAAGAAUGAGUAAAAUUCUAAAUUCAUCAUUUAGCACAAAAUUUCACUUCAAAACCUUAAUUGAUGUUAAAAAAUUAUCAAAUAGCAUCUGCAAAGUUGCAAAUGACUUGAUAAACUUAAAAACUCACACACAAGACAUCCUGAUUGGAAAUUUGGGAAGGAAAUCUUGGUCACAAACAAUUAAUGAUAUUGCUAAGUGCAUUGGUGAUGGGAACGCUAUGGUUAUUAGUGACUUAAAGCAACAAAUUACUGAGAUGAAGUUGAGGAAAGCAACGCUAGUGAUUUUGACAUUUGACUACUUUAAUGGGCAACAAAUCAGAUCGAUUGCAGUUGAUCAUCACUUUUCAACCGUAUGGCAUCACAUGGCCAAAAUAAUUAUCAUCGUUCCAUCGUCAACAACUUUUGCAUCCCGAUCAUUUAUUCUCAGCGCUUUUAAAGGUUUAGGUUUUAUUGAUAUUGCAGUAGUUCAUGUAACAACUGAGAAUGAAGUUCGAUCAGAAUUUCAGUUUAAUCUUUUACUGGACAACAUGGCUGUACAUUAUAAUCCAGAAAAUGCAAGUCAGAUGUUUUAUGAUAAACUUAAAAAUAUGCAUGGAUAUAAAUAUUUUAUUCCAAUUACUGAGCAGCCUCCGUUCAUUGAAUUUUUUCCAACAUUGAAAAAUUCCCCGAUGGUCUACUUCCUCGAUGCUCUCAAAAAAAUACAAAACUCAAAUUAUCACUUACAUUUUCUUAAAGACCAAGUUGAUCUUAAGAAUACAUUUGUACGCAGAGAUAUGACUUUGACUUUAAAUUAUGGAUACAUUGGUGCAAUUGAGCCGCGAUUGCAAACUUACGAGCAAAUUGGAUUUUGUGCAUUGAUUCCACUUCCACUUAAAACUUCACUAUCUCAGCUGAUUUUUAUUGAACCAUUUGACGGACUCACCUGGAUGUUUUUUGCAAUCUCAGUCUUAGGAUCUGUUGGUGUUUGGAAGCUAUUUCGUGGUCAUGGUGCUGUCGAGUCUCCUUGGAUUUUUGUGUACGGAAUGUUUGUAUAUUUCAUUGGUCAAGGUAUUGACUUCUCAAGACGAAAUCGAACAGUUCUUACAGUUUUGAUUCAAUUGAUCAUUUUGAUGAUCUUCGUCCUGAGUAAUGCAUAUGAAGGUGUCAUUACAUCCUUUAUGAUUCAGCCACCAUUCGAAAAUCGACUCAAAACUGUCGAUGAUUUCAUAAAAUCCGAUUUUUAUAUUUUAACAGACGAAACAUUUGCUAUGAAGUCAAAAGAUGACGAAAAACUUGCUAAAAUCUCGUCAAGAUUGAAUUUCUCACAUAAUGAACUUUAUUAUGAUGACAUAAAAGAAGCGCGACUAGCAAUCGUUAGAUUUUGUGAUGUAUUAGAAAUGGAUUAUUAUGAUGCUUUUGAAGAUGGCGAAAGAAUUUCCGAUUCAUAUUAUAUCCUGCCAGAGAAACUAUUUACAUAUUAUAUAGAGCUAGAUGCAAGCUUUGCUAAUCCAUUCCUUCAACGAUUUCAAUAUUAUAUGGAUUUAUGCUUUCAAGCUGGAUUGCCACAUAUAUGGAAAAUAUUUGCUGAUAAGGAGCAUUACGGCAAUCAACAGACAACUGAUCGAGAGAUUUUGGAGCUUAGAGAUCUCAAAAUAAUGUUUGGUAUAUUAUUAGGUGGCUGUGGACUUGCUGGUGUUGUGCUGUUCAUUGAGUCAACAGUUUGGCAUCACAUGGCUAAAGUAAUUUGCAUUGUACCAAGCCAUUUGACCUUAGACGAGCAAAUGGACAUCUUAGACUCAUUCUUUAAUUUUGGCUUUUACAAUGUUGUAGUUGUUGAUAUAACAAAAACUGAAAAAAUUUUGUAUGCAAUUAAAAAGUCACAUGACGAAAUAAAAUUGCUGACAAAUCCAAGAAUAGCUUCAACAGUUUUCCCUGAUAAUUUAAAAAAUCUUGAUGGAUAUAAGUACAGAAUUCCGAUUUAUCAUCAGCCACCUAAAAUUCAGAUCUAUCCGAACUAUAAUCGACCAGCAAUGGAAUAUUUCUUUUGUGCAAUUCAGUCAAUCCAAAAUGCACAAUAUGAGAUAAUUUGGUUACCAAAGAUGACUGAUUUGGAAAAGUUCUGGCAACGUCGUCAAAUGGAUUUGACCUUCAAUACUGCAUCAUAUUUUGUCACAUCGGAACCAAAGUUGUUUACGUACGAAACCAAAGGAUACUGUGCAAUGGUUCCGAUUCCUCCAAAAGUUCCACUUUAUUAUCAGAUUUUUAUUAAACCUUUAGAUGGUCUAACAUGGAUUUUGUUUGGAGUGUCAAUUGUUAGUUCCGUUGCUGUUUGGAGAUUGUAUCGUGGUCGUGGUGCUGUUGAUUCUCAUUGGCAACUUGCUGCUGGCAUUUUUAUGAUAUUUAUCGGUCAAUGUGCUGAUUUUUCACGUCGAAAUCGCUUUAUUCUUGCUGUGCUGCUCAACAUCAUCUGCAUGUCUGUAUUUUUGCUUAGCAAUUUAUACGAGGGAGCUGUCACGUCAUUUAUGAUUGAACCAGCGCAUGAAAAUCGACUCAAGACUGUUGAUGACCUUUUGGCUUCUAAUUUACAAAUUUCCUUUGAUAGUGGUUUUACAUACCUUGUAAGAGACGACAAGAGAUAUCAAGCAAUCAAGUCAAGAGUUAAAAUGUUGAGUGCCUUAUUUGCUAAGCGUUUAGGAGAGGAAAUAAUAUUACAAAAUUAUGUUUUUGUAAGGUCUUGUGAUCUUUUGGAAACAGAUUUAGCAUUUCCUUUAAGAAAUGGCCAACAUGUCUCUGACUAUUACUAUAUGCUGCCUGAAAAGUUAACUUGGCAUUACAUUCAAUUGGAAGCGAGCUAUUUAAAUCCAUUUUUGGAACGGCUUCAAUAUUUUAUGGAUCUGUCAUUUCAAGCUGGACUCCCUCACAUGUGGACAGUUUUUGCUGAUCAGAAUAGAUUUAAGGCAAGCAAUAUUGGCUUAACUGAAGGAAGCAACUAUCUAGUGCUAAAAGAUCUCGGACCUGUUUUUGCAAUUCUCUUAAUUGGCCUAAUUUUGUCACUUUUGUGUCUUUUGAUUGAGAUCUUUCAUCACGAUUGUAUCAGAUUUUUUAGCAUUUGCAACAUUUUGCGACGGGUCAAAACUUGGGUAUCCAAAAAGUUUAUUAAAGCUCAAAAAGGCACUUUGGUAGUCCGGCAAAUUAAAGUUCAACCAAUACAAUCAACUUAA